AGAGACAAUUUCAAAGCAACGGUUACAUGUUAAUCCAUAUAAGAAACAUCAAAAAAAUAACAUCAUCGAGAAAAUUAUGUGAAUAUGACAAAUAUAUACCUAAUUAUGAUAAUGAUCCUGAGAUGAAAGAAGUAAUAGAAAAAUAUAAUGAACGAUUAGCAAUACGAUGGAAAGAAUAUGAUGAAUUAAAGAAAGAAAAAGAAAGAAAAUAUAAAGAACAAUACGAUAAAGAUAUAAAAGAAAUUAUUUUAAAAGACAAAAUAGAAAAACAACUAACAAAACAAUUAUCAGCAUUAGACAAAUUUACUGAUAUAGACGAUUUAGCUAAAGGUAUAUACGAAAAAAAGAUAGCAAAAAAAAAUAAAAAAGAUUAUAAAAAAUCCAAGAAAACAUUAGGUCAUACCUUAACAGAAUGGAACAUUUUAGCUAAUAUUGAUAUGUAUGAAUGGAUACCUUUUUCAUCUAAGGAAGCAAAAAUUGAUUGUAAUAUAAAAAAUAUGAAACAUGCUCUUACUAAAGUUGGUUAUAUAGGUCCUAAUAAAUUUGCUUCACUUGGUAAUAAGGAUGGAAAAGAUUCUAUUGACAUGGAUCAGUUAUUUAGUUCUAUUAUGAGUUCUUCUAAUGCGUUCAUUCAAAGAUAUAUGGGGGAUGAUAUUACAUCUAGUGGUAGUAGUCUUAAAAAACAAAAAGGUUUACUCUCUUUAGGUCUUUACGCGUUAUGGGAAAUUCUAGAACAUAUUGUGAUACCUACUGCCGCUGCUCUUAUUUUUGGAAGUGAUGAUCAUGGACAUGAAUGUAAAGCUAAUGAAAAGAAAAGGUGUGAGUGCGUUUGUAAAGAAAUAAAAACUUGUUGUUGUAAAUGUGCAGAUGCAGGCAUGUGUGCAUGUAAAUGUGCAUGUUCAGGUGAAGGUGCUGUUACAUGUGUAGGUAAUUGUGCAUGUGCAUGUGCAUGUGCAGGUGAAAGUGUUGCUACCUGUGCGUGUAAGUGUGCUCAUGGAAAUGGCUUUUACGCAAAGGUGCACAAUAUUAUAGAAAAAGGUCAAGUUUUUGUUGAUGCUAUUUUUGCAGUAUAUAUUAUAGCUUCAAUAAUGUUAAUUCUUUAUUAUGUUUUAAAAUAUUAUACAGAAGUAAAAAUGGAGAAAAAAAUGAAAUAUAUGAAAAUAUUAAAAUAA